AUGAGCUAUAACGAGACUACUGCGAUGCAGCCAGCUGAGGAGCUACGACUGGUCGACGGUCCCACAAACAGAUGUGGACGCUAUCAGGAACCUUGCUGCAAUAAUAAGGGACAGGGCUUCGGAAGUGCUGCCAAGGAAAAGUUACAAGAUGCCGGUCAUGCCAUCAAACAUACCGCAGAGAACAUUGGUGAUAAGGCUGGAGAACUGAAGGACAAGGCCAUGAACAAAAUCCAAGAAGGAGCAGAAGCUAUCAAAAGCCACUGA